UCGUUAAUAAGAUGUUUCGGUGCUAUAUUUGUAGUACAUUUUUAUGUUUCGAUAAUAAGUCGCUUCUAAAUCAUUACAAAGAAUUCCAUCCUUUAUUAAAAAUAUAUAGAUGUAACGAUAAUAAUUGCAGCAGAUCUUUUGCUAUAUUUGAUUCUUUUAAGAAACAUAGAUAUAACAAACAUUUAUCAGAGACUAAUAUUACAUAUAAUAACCAAACUAUAAAACAAUAUGAUCAAAACGUCGAUUUCAUAGAUGCAAUAGAUAAAUUCUUACCGGUGGGAACAAAUCCAAAUAUACAACAUUAUGAAGAUAAAAAAUGUAAAAAUGUGGAGUAUAUAGUAGAUCCCAUACAAAUUAACGCUGAUUCUGAUAUUAAAAUUGAUUUAGAAGACGAUUUAUUUUUCGACAUUUCACAAAACGAUAGCCACAAUACUAGUGAAGCGACAAACGUAAAAGAGAAACAUAAAGAAAUGAUUAAUUUCACAAGUAAGUUAUACGCUUAUUUAGACGUACCUCGUGUUAGGGUAAAUGAUAUUGUGAGAAGUACAGGAAAUCUCAUCGACAAUUAUUUACUUUUACUAGAAAAACAUUUAUUAAAUCGACUCGAAACUUUUAAUUUAAGUAUAGAUUCAAUAUCUGCUAUUAAAGAAGUAUUCGCAGAUUUUAGUGACCCUUUCACGGAUUGUAAAAGCGAAUGGCGUUUUUUUAAAUUGUUGAAAUGCUAUGAUACAUUUAUACUUCCUGAACAAUAUUUAAUUGGAGAAAGAGAAGAAUUCCGAGAAAAGAAUGGCGUUAAUAUUAUUGAAAGUAUUCCAGUGUAUGCACAGUUUAUUCCUCUUCGCAAAGUUUUUCAAAAAAUAUUUGAAAUCCCAAAUCUUUUUGACGAAACAUUAAGAUAUUACCAAUCGCUGAGAUCAAAUAACAAUAUUAUAGAAAAUUUUGUUCAGGGAUCUCUUUGGGAAGAGAUAAGUUCGCAUUUUAUAGGAAAGCUUGUUUAUCCUAUUUUUUUAUUUUUUGAUGAUUAUGAGAAUAAUAAUGUGUUGGGCUCUCAUAAAGGCUUAUCUAAGUGCGGCGCAGUUUAUGUAACUAUACCAUGUUUACCUCCUUACAUGCAAUCAAAGUUAGAUAAUAUUUUUCUGUUCCUAUUAUUUAACUCACUUGAUCGACAAAUGUUUGGCAAUAGAAGUGUUUUUCAAAAAGCAAUUGACGAGUUGCAUUACCUACAAACAGAAGGUAUAACAAUUAAACAUAAAGAUGGAAACAAGCAAGUAUAUUUUGUUUUGUCUUUAGUGGUGGGAGACAAUUUGGGUGUCCAUUCUAUCUUUGGUUUCGUGGAAAGUUUCAAUGCUACAUUUUUUUGUCGAUUUUGUCUAAUUAAUAGAAAAAAUAUUUGUGAUUUUUUAGAUGAACGUAUGUGCAUUCUCCGUAAUGUAGAUAAUUAUACUUCAUUUUUGGCAUUAAAGGAUGUGAGUAAAUCUGGUAUAGUUAGUCAGUGUGUGUUCAAUGAUUUAAAUUAUUUUCACGUUACAAAAAAUUUAUGUGUAGAUGUUAUGCAUGACAUUUUAGAAGGUGUAUGCAGA